GGUUGGUUGGUCGUCGGUGUGUUCGUUUUGUUCGCUCCUCAGCUACUCUCGUGUCUGCGCUCGCUUGCGUGCGUACGUGUGUGUGUGUGCGAGUGUGUGAGUGUGUAUGCACGCGUCUAUGAUAUGCAAAUGAUAAUUGUAAAAGCCGCAACGAUCGCAUAUAUAUUGGCAGUAAACGGGGUGCAUACACUUAUUGCUUGACUGUGACUGGCUCAAAAGUGCCCUACAGCUUUGGCCUACACACACUCGACGGAUCCUUAACGCUGUCGUCGCGGGCGGGGCAGGCGUUGCCUUUGCCUUUGCCUUUGGUCUCCGACUACCCAACUCCAAAAUCUGAUCGAUGAGCAGCAACAACAAUUUGAAGAGUCGCAGCAGCGACGCGGCCCUCGCGGACCAGCUCAGCAGUUUGCCUAGAAGUGUACAGCCCACGGGCGCGCCCAUCUACAAACACAUAUCCGGUGGCAUGGCCACCUUGCCACGCCCCGACAGCGAGCAUCGCCUGCGCAGUGAUUCGAGCAACGCGCGCACCUGCGUCUACAUCGGCGGUGCAGGUGGCAUCACAACGGCGGCCACCCUCGAUCGUCGCCAGCCACAGCGCAUGUCCUGGCUGAAUAUGCGACGGGCGAAGGCGGACGGGGAGAUGGCGACGGUGACGCCCUCGCCACAAACAACGCGCAGCUGCAUCUCGACGGUGUCCAGUGUGGUGGACAGCGGCGGGGGGCGCACCACAGCCACCUCGGGCCGCAUCAGCUCCAGCGGCAUCAUCACGCUCAGCGGCAGCAACAAUACACUGAGCGAGAUCCAGGGCUACCACGAGCACGACUUGCACGAUGGCGUCUCCAAGAACUAUUCCACGGUUUCGGCAUCCGCCUCGGCCUCGGCCCAUUCCGCGCACAACAUAACCACGGCGAGCAAUGCCAAGCUGCUGCCAGCGCCGGAGGAUGAAUCAAAUCAGCAGACCAAAUGCUCGGUAUUUCGCGGCCUUGUGCUGUGCAUUUGCCUCAACGUGAGCUAUGCGAAUGUGGUGCGCUUCCCACGCGAACUGGACCACUAUGGCUCGGCGUAUCUGGUGCCGUAUGUGGUGUUGCUGUUUCUAGUCGGACUGCCCAUGAUACUGCUCGAGAUAUCUGUGGGUCAAUUUCUGGGGCAAGGAGCGGCGCACACCUGGCGUGCAUCGCCCAUAUUCAAAGGGGCCAGCAUCAUUAGCCGCUUUGCAUCUUGGGUGUCAGCUAUAUGGAUAUCCUUGCAGGCUGUGCUUGCGCUGGGCUACAUAGGCAUGUUUGCCUCCAACGGGAUCCCAUUUCGCGAGUGCGUGGGCAACCUGAAGCUGAGCAUGCAAGGAUAUACGGUGACGGGCAACAGCGGACAGGAGUGCUUGCAGCAGACCUUUCUAACGCCCUUCUGGCGCAAUCCGCUCUACUUUGGACUGCUGGCUGCGGGUCUAAUUGGUCUGUGGAUAGUGGUUAUGUUGUGCACGCACAAUGCCAAAGUCCUGCGCCGCAGCUUGUUUGUCUAUGGCCUGGUGGGGCUUUGUUUGCUCUGCGCCUUGACUGGCUGGGAGGUGCGCAACUCCUUCUCCCGCCACUACUUUCCCGAGCUGUGGGCCUUUGACCGCACAUUGCUCGCCGAGAGCAACAUCUGGUUCAAUGCCUUGAUGCAGGUGUUGUUCUCCUUGAACUGCGGCUUUGGCGCCAUGCCCAUGGUGACGGGCAAGUUCCUCUACAAGGGCGACGCAGUGCGCACCUCCGUGGUCUAUCUGUGCUUCAAUCUGCUGAUCAAUGCCAUUGCCGUGACCCUGUUCAUGGUUCAGUUCGAUUUCUCGUCCAAUGGCUUCCCGCUUAUGGACGAGCUGAAGCCGCUGACUGCCAUCUAUGAUCGGGUUCUCUAUGGCGCUCAGUCGGAGGGCGAGCUGCUGCGUCAUCUGAUACCCUCGUUGAUCUAUGCGCUGAUCAUCUUGUCGGCGCUCGUCUCCAUCACCGUCGCCGUCUAUACAUCGACGCGCUUGGUGCCCCGUCGGCCCAGCUAUGUCAUUUGCCUGAUUGCCUUGGUGGUGGCCGUCAUGUCGUUCGCGGCGCCCAAGUUCCUGAUUGCCCGAGUCCUGGACUCACGCAUUGUGGGCACUCUGGUCAUUACGGCGCUGGUGUUCGAGUUGAUUGCCAUCACGUGGAUCUAUGGCGCCAAGAAUAUCUAUACGGAUCUGGAGUUCUCGAUCGGACGGCCCAUCUUCCGCGGCUGGAUGUGGAUGUGGUGUAGCUGCCCGGCCAUUCUGACGGGCAUUUUAGUGUGGUGGUGCGCCGACGACGAUCAGUUCGAUCUGCUGGCGGGCUACUUGCCCCGCUGGGCGCCCAUUCUGUUCGCCCUGGCGGUGAUCAUGAUUAUCGCUUGCAUACAGAUCUUCCGGCAGGUGGAAUACAAUUUCUUUGGCAUGAUCUGCGAGGCCUCGAAGCCAGCCAAGGAAUGGGGUCCAGCCGAUCCACUGGCGCGCCACUCGUGGAAGCAAUGGCGUUCCGUCUGCCAGGACACCGGAAGGCGUGACUUCACCCUGCGUCGUCGCGGCACUCGUGACUACACGCACUCCAUCAAGAAGGGCCAGUACUCGAGUGGCCAAAAGCUCGGCGCCAAUGGUCAGACAGCGCAUCCACAGCAGACGCACUGGAAGUCCUCCACGCCGGGCAACAGCUCGCCCAACUACAGCGGCUCCAUGUUUGGCGACUCGGCCAUCGAGGAGGACAUUAGCGUGGACAAGUUUCCAGGCAUCACGCAGCAGUAUGUGCCAUUCCAGGCCAGCGAUGGCAAGCCGCUCAGAUACUCGCAGCGGGCACGCCAAACAGCGCAGCCACAGACGCUGACUCGCCUGCCGCCGGGUCCGACGACAGUGGAGAAGCACCGCGAGGUGGUAUACAUAAGGCGGCUGUCGGAUGGCGGCAGCGGCAGCCAUGCCACACGCAUUGAGAUAUCGCCAUCCAACGAGUCGAUUACCUAUGGCAAUGGCAAGGCCAACGGUAACGCCAAUCUGGCCAUGUCCCGCAACCCUUUGGGCCGCUCCACUGGCUGCCUGGCGCCGGCGCCGGCGCAUAAUCCGAGUCACAUCAAGCGCUCGGCCAGUUCCGUGGUGAAUGUCAACACGCACAAGCUACCUCCGCCGACGUCCGCGGCUGCCGGCGAUCACAUCUGUUGGCGCAAGUUCAACAUCAAUCCCGAGGAAUACUCCACGGAGCUGUGAGCUGUGUGAGCUGUGAGCUGACGGUAACGAAGCAUUCACAUCCAAAAGACUUGUCGCAUCCAAAAUAAGAGAAAGCAUGUAUCUGAAUCUGUGCAGAUCUAUCUUUAAGCUACGAACCACUACUACGAACUAUGCCCAUAUGCAAAGUGUAUCUUCUAGUUUUCAACUGUACAUAUAUAUAGAGAUAGAGAUA